UAUUUAAAUCAUAUCAAUACUCUUCCAUUGUCAUAAUUUCAUUAACAUAAUAAUUAUUUUACUAUAUUUUAAAAUAAUAUUUAAUUAAUUCAAAUGGCUGAUGGAAAUUGUUGUAAUCAUCAUUGCAAUGCUGCCAGUGCAAAUAAAUCAGUAUGUCAAACUUUAUCUGAAAUGGAUUGGGAAAGAGGGAUAUGGAAUGCAGCAUUUUCUGGAGAUAAGGAUAAAGUGAUUUAUUUAAUUGAUCGAGCUAAAAAUGUUUCUGAAGUUGUUAAUGCCCAAGACAAUGCAGGCUAUACAGCUUUGCACUAUGCAGCUAGGAAUGGUCACAAUGAUAUUUGCAAACUGUUAAUAGCAAAGGGUGCUCUGAUUGACAUUCAAACAAAGAGUGGAAAAGCAACACCUUUACACAGAGCUGCUGCAGCAGGUAAAUUGUCUACAGUCAAUCUUCUCCUUGAAUCUGGUGCUAAAGUGGAUUUACAGGAUGACGAUGGCAAAAAUGCUCUACAUAAAGCAACAGAAUAUAAACAUUUCCAUUUGGUAGAUAUUUUAGUCAAGGCAUGUCCAGACUUACAGAAUGUUAAAGAUAAAAGAGGUUUGAAGCCCUUAUAGGAAAAAUAAGAGCAUAUGUUAUUUUUAUAUCAUUAUUAUUCUCUAAAGUAUGAUUGCAGCCUAUGAAGAAUUACAUUUAUUGACCUAUUAGCCUACUGACAGUAUUCACUAACAUUUUCGUCGUGAGCACAUUCUUAAGGAACCUCAACUAAAAUACAGCGUAAAUUAUAAAGUGGCUCAAAAAUUAUUCCCAGUCUGCUAGUAAACUGCAACCAUACAUUAGUAGCUUAAUUGUUUUAUUUGAAAUUAUUUAUUAAAUUUGUUAAUGGAUCAUAGUGUAAUACAUUAUAAUCAUCAACAAAAGUUGUCUAAUACAUGUUAUAUUUCUUUUAUUGCAAUGAAUACAUUGAUCUUGUGAUUAUUACUGCUUUUAGUAAGAAAAUAUGCAAUUCCUCAGUUAAACUAUUUGGAAGAGACCUUGGCUUAAACACACACAAUUAAACUUCUCUUGUUGUUAACCAUACCUACACUACUAAUAGCAAUUGUUCUACUGAUAUGUACAUAGUAUGGACCUUCCUUUCGAAAACUUCAAUUGAUUUAUUUUGUUUUAAGUUUUUGUUUGACACUGUAAACUAUAUUUUUAAAUAUUGAUUAAGGCCUAAGCUUUCACAAGCCUGUGUCCAUGAAAUUAAUGAAAACAACUGGGCUGAUGUGGAUGAUUAUCCUAAUAAAACAAACAUAAGAAACUUGGGAAUUAAGUGAGAGUUAAAUACUCACAUACAUCUCAAACAUCCAUUAUUGACAUAAAUUUCAAGGUAUAUGCAAGUUUUCGAAUGAAAGGUUUUAGGUAUUUUAAAGUUCCCUCUUGAAAGUCUGAGUCAAAAGUAAUUUUGAGUAAUUUUUUGUAAUGAAUGUAUUACGCAAUUGUCAGCUUGAUUAGUGUUAUAAUAGAUAAGAUGUUGUAUUUUUACAUAUCGCAAUCAUGUUAAUUACACUGUAUUUCAUCAAUAUCUAUUUUAAAAUAUUCAUAAUAUUACUACCUAUUGUUAUAGCCUGCAGGCACUAAAAUACCUAAAAAUAUCAUUAAAUUUUAAUAAAUUACCAAAUGAGUAAGUUUAAUUUAUGAAUAACAACAAUAUACGCAAGCCUUUUUAUAUUAUGUAUUUUUGCUAAUUAUUGGCGUUUGAAGCAACUAUCAAACAUACAUAAAAUUUUUAAUAUCAACAUAAAAUUAACACAUCGUCACAUAGACCGAAAAAAUAACACUAUCACUUAUGUCACAUUGCAAUAUUUUACCUAAUUUAUGAAGCUAUUAUUAAAAUAAUUUUAUGUGUUGUAUUGGGUGUUGUUUGGAAUAGAGUUUUAUACCUAAUAACUACGAGUAAUGGCUAAUCACAUUAUCGUAUGUAAUAGCUAAUCCAAAAAAUCUCUGUCAAGACUCAAGAAUCAUUUAAUAUAUUGAUUUAAAUGACGAUGUGAGGCCAAGUUCAUGAUAAAUAGGUACUUUUUUUUAAUCUUUAACAUUAAGUAUUUAUUUCAAUCUAUUCACUUUUGCAUUACACUAUAAGGUUUCAGUAAUAUAGUUUAUUUGAAGUUGCUUUAAAAAUUUAUUAAAGACUAUGGAUACCUACAAGUAUUCAUUACAUUAUUAUUGCAAUAUUAUUCAUAACAAUAAUUAGAAACUAUUAUUAUAGUAAUCAAUAUAAAUAUAACUUGAAACAGCAUCAAGAUAAAAUUAGGCCUUAAAACCUGUCUAUUAAAUGAAGUAAUAAACACUACAUUGAUGAAAGAGAUUGAGCGUCUCAACACAGGUAUGGGGUUAAAUGCUGCAUCGAUAAUUUGUGUAAUAUUUUUUGGGGAUAAAUAAACAAUAUUUAUUUUUAUACUGAUAAAGAAUGAAUAAAGUUUUACCUAUUAUUUAUUAUACGGAACUUGAUAUAAGGAUAAGAUCAUUAUGUUAUUUUUAUAAAUACGUUUUCAACAAGUCACUUCAAUGCAACCACCUACACUUGUGAUUCAUUAAUUUAGACGAGUAUACCUUUUACAAA